AUGAUGGAUCCCCCAAGUUUAAAAGUGGAAGAAAAGUCCAGUUGUGCUCCUAAGCUCCAGAGAUGGUGCAGAAGCCGUCGAUGUCAGUUGUGGAGACUCCUCCUGCUCCCAUUCAUUCCUAUCCUGGCCCUCAUUGUACAGACCACCUUAUCUUUGAAGAGUAGCAUCACCAAUGGACGAGAUGUCGCUGAUGUUGAAGAACAGGUCAGUCGGGCAACAGAAUUGGGAAAAUUGGUGACGAGAUUGCAGCAAGAGAGAUCAGAAGUGGCUUUCUUUAUUUUCACCAAUGGAAGCACUUUGAGGUCGAAUUUAUCCCAGCGUUUUUCGGGUACCAACAGCGCGAUAGAUCAAAUGGGUUCGCUGCCAAUGUUGGUGUUCAAGAACCGAUCGAAACCUGUAGACGGAGACGCAUUCAAAACUGAACUCGAAGAACUAAGAGCGAGUAUAAACGCGGGUACUUCAAUGACAGAAGCUGUGGAGUGGUAUACCAAUGCUAACGCAGCUCUGCUCAGCCACCUCACGAAAGAGAUUAAAGAUACGGACAGCAGUACAAUAUGGAGGUACCUGGUUGGGUUUAAGAAUUUGCUGAGAAGUAUCGAGUGCAAAGGCAUAGGUUCGGUAUUGGGAAUCAACUAUUUCGCCAGAGGAUAUCUUCAGCCGAAAGCUUAUGAAAGGUAUAUUGCCCAUAUGGUUUUGGGUCGAGACUUAUUGGACAACACGUUGAAUCUGGUGCCUUCUCUCAUUCCCCUUCAUAAGGAUAUUAAAGAAGACAGUCAUGAAUACCAGGACUUAGAGAAAAAAAACCAACAGAUCGUGGACAAUAAACACCAGGACGGUAGCGUGGCUGACGCAAUAGAAUACUUCGAUCAGACUGCAACCUUCUUAGAUAAGCUGAGAGCUGUGCAGAAGCAACUGAGAGAGUAUAUAAGGGAUGGUGUAACUGUGAGUUUGACGGAAGCCCGAAGGUCGGAGGUGGUUUGCGCAGGGAUUCUGAUCCUGGUAUGCGUCGUCUCUCCAAUCAUCAUAGUGUUGGUUCGAAAUGCUGUGAACACAAUACAGGUAUACGCAAGUAACUUGGCUGAAAAGGCUCGAGAGUUGGAGUAUGAGAAAGAACUGAGUGACUCUUUACUGUACCAGAUGCUUCCCCCCAGUAUUGCCAAACAACUGAAACAAACACAGCAGGUGCCAGCUGAAUUCUUUUCUUCAGUCACUGUAUACUUCAGUGAUAUAGUAGGGUUCACAGCUAUUGCAGCUGUUUCUACACCGUAUCAGGUGAUCAGUUUCCUGAAUUCAGUUUACAAGUUAUUUGAUGAGAAAAUAGAAUGUUAUGAUGUAUAUAAAAUCGAGACGAUUGGAGAUUCGUACAUGGUAGCGUCUGGGUUACCUGUUCGAAAUGGCAACAAGCAUGCCACAGAAAUAGCAAGUAUGGCGUUAGAACUACUGGAAGCGACAUCCAUGUGCAGGCUGCCACAUCGACCUGAUCAGACUUUAUGCAUGCGAAGUGGAAUCCACAUGGGGCCCUGUGUCGCUGGAAUUGUGGGAAGUAAAAUGCCUCGUUACUGUUUAUUUGGAGACACGAUUAACACUGCAAGUAGAAUGGAGAGCACUGGAGAACCGAUGAAGAUUCAAAUAUCGGACGAUGUGAAAAAGGCCCUUGAUAAAACAGGAUUGUUUCUAACGGCUCCGCGGGGCGUAGUGGAUGUCAAGGGCAAAGGCGAAAUGUCUACACAUUGGCUGGAAGGCAGAAUUGGACCCUCUCCGGAACGGCCAACCGCUUCAUCACUGGACUGCACACCCAGCUUCUUAGCCAGAAUCCAUUCCCAGAGAUCACCCAGAUAUCAAUGUGGAAAAUCGAGGAUACAAUAA